GAAACGUUGAGGGCUUUCAGCGAUAGCGAGGGCGGCAGGUCCAAAGAGAUGAAAACAACGUUGACUAACUCGUCCUAAUAUAUAUUUUUGUAGAUAAUUUCACUCUGCUCUUGCCUGCGUGCGGGUAUGAAGCCACGCUCAUUCCUCAAAUGGUAUCUAGUCCGUCGCAAUCGCAAUGGGCAUUAUAGACUUUUUCAUGCGCAUCCGGCCCACUAGCAGGCACGCUAGCAUUUUAUUUCUCGGCUUAGACAACGCAGGCAAGACGAGCAUUCUGCGACAGCUAAGCGACGAUGACAUCACCCACGUCACCAGCACGCAGGGAUUUCAAAUCAAAAAGCUCAUCGCUGGUGGUAUCAAACUGGAUGUGUGGGACACCGGUGGUCAGCGAGCGUCUCGCUACUACUGGAGACAGUAUUUUAAGGAGGCAGACGUGAUCAUCUACGUGGUAGACGCCGCAGAUCCUCGUCGCGUCAUGGAAGCUCGACGUGAACUGGAGCACUUGCUCGAGGAGGAGAAGGUGGCCGGUAUACCGAUGCUGAUAUUUGCCAACAAGCAGGAUCUGAUUGGGGCGAUGUCAGCGGAGGAGGUCACGAUGGCGCUCAACUUGACUGACCUCCGCGACCGACGGUGGCACAUUCAAGCGUGCUCCGCGAAAACGGGUGAAGGGCUCGACGAAGGAAUCAGCUGGGCUGUGAAGCAGAUCAAGAACUAA